AUGAGUUCUCCUUUGGAGGAAGGCCUGACUGAGGGCGCAGGAUCUCGCAGCGACGUGGUAAUCGCUGCGCCAGCCGUGAAGGAUGAGGAAGAGAGGGGAGGCGCAGGUGAGGCAGCAGGCUUGCUGGAAAUCGAGUCGCAGCUGCAGGUAGACUCCGAGAUAGCGGCUGCUCAGGAGCUCGAUAUAUCGAUUCUUUUGAGCCCAAUUGCACGGCUGGAGGCUUGGGCUUCACUAUUGCCGCAUACGACCAGCGAGCUGCUCGAGGAGCUGGGUGGAGGCUAUCUCUUCUUGAUCUCCGGAGACACCCUGUUGCUGCAUCUGCUGCGGAAGCAGCAUGUCGACGCUGACGUGAAGAGGGGCUUCCAGCCGCUGCGACUGCUGUAUCAGGCGGAGAAGCUGUUACAGCAGAUCGAGGCGGCUGGUGGUAACUUCAAGAUCGUCUUCUUCCGCGCUUUCGCGGCUGCAGGCGCAGCGCACCCUCUCUUCUGCCUCAUGCAGCAGCUUUUCCAGCUGCACUUGAGAAAGCAGGGGAUCGAAUUCCUGUAUUUGUCGGACUGGUGGGACCAGUCUUUUGCCUCCGUCAUCGCUGCCUUGCACCCCCUCUUCAUUUUGUUGGACGACAUCUUCUUCUUGGAUUUGCGCGAAGAGGUAGUGGAAGAAGACGAGGAAGACGAAGACGAGGAAGAUGAAGAUGAAGAUGAGGAAGAAGAAGAAGAUGAUGACAAGAAAGGCAAACACAGGAUGCCACUCGACGCCAGAGUCGUCUUGCAGAGGGCUGGGAAGCACUGGACCCUGCCUUCGGAGGUUUCUCUCGAAGUAUGCCAGUUGCAAGCCGACGCUUUUCGAUGUAUUCGAAAGGGAGGCGCACGAUGUAUGUCGCUGCUGCUGCAGUCACUCUGCCUCGCCUGCUGUCGACUAGGAGUCGAUACGGCCUUUUUGCAAAGCCUCGUCAUCAAGCCUACCAAGAUCUUUGCGCCUUCCACCUCGUGUUACAAAGGCGCAAACCUUUGGCGAGUGAUGGAGUCGAGAGUCAGCAGCAGUACAGGCAACAAUGAUACCGCAGCAGCUACUGCAGCAGCAGCUGCUGCAGCAAUCGACGGGCAAGUGCAGCAGCAAGAGCAGCAAUGCGCCCUCAAGAAAGCACUGAAUCAGCAUCGCAACAUGCUGCACGAUCUCGACUUGCUGACACCGCCUCCGGAGGCAGCUGCUGCUGCUGCGCAGCAGCAGCUGGAAAGCGAGGCUUUGCUGCAGGAGCUGCGGAGUUUUGCAGAGGCGCAGCAGCAGCAGCAGAAACAGCAGCAGCAGCGGGGGGGGGAGACGGUGCCUUUGCGGCAUUUUAUGGUAGCGAAGUUUUGUGAGUUUUUGAGGGAUGCAUCCCCUGAUGAGGCUGAUGAAGCCGAUGAAGCCGAUGAGGCUGAGCAGCAGCAGCUUUCGCAGUUUGUUACUGUGGGGAAGCUGUUGCUGCUUGCAGUUGCCUUUCAGGAGACGUUGAGUCUGCAGGAGCGAUGUCAUGGGUACUUUCUGUCGACAUGCAGUUGCAGCUUUGUGUCGGAGUUUCUUUAUGCGCCCUUGCGGCUCUACUGCAGCCAAGUGCAGGCGGUGCUGCAGCGCGCGAACGACUGUUUUCUGCUGCUGGGAGAUCGAGAGCAAAAAACGGAGCAGCAGCAGCAGCUGCUGAACCAGCUGGACGCCUGCGAGCUUGCGGAUCUCUUCGACGGGAAGCUGCUGACCUCUCUGAUCAGCCUUGCAGCGGCUGCUGCUCGUCGCAGUGGGCAGUGGAGCAUAAGCGCGUCUGCCACUGGCUUGUCUCGUGACAGACUGACGACUCUCGAGGAGGCGUGGCGCUGCUGCUGGCGCAGAGGGAAAACACGGGGAUCGAGCGUCUCGGCAGAGCCGCUCUUCCCGGUGUCGCUCGAGAGUCUGAAGGAGCUCCUGGAGGAUCCUGCCUCCCUGCCAGAGCCGAGGCUUGCAGCAGCAGCAACAGCAUCCUCGAAGCCUCAUCUCGCGAGUCUGCUGUCUCUACCCUCCACAUUUCUGCAGCGCCUGCGUGCAGGGGCACCUCCUGGAGGCGUUCUUCCCGACGUUCUCAUGGCGGAAGAUGAUGAGGAGCUUGCGCUUGUCGAGGAAGACACGAAGCAGCAGCUGCUGCUGCAGCGGCAGCUGCGGCUGCAGCAGCGGGAAGGCGACAGCGAGGCAGAGGGCGACUCCACGGAAGCGCGCUCCUCCAACUCCGACUCCGACUCCGAAGACGAGACGCACCUCAAAUCGGCAGAAGCAGAUAUGCUCAACAAGGUUCUCAAACUUAGAGGUCUCGUCAACUGCAGACGAACGCAAGAAUUGCAACCGACUCUCAAAGACGCCCCCACAGAGAUUCUGCUAGAGACGCUAUCCGUGGACGACUCGCGCGUUCCCACGCGGCACGAAAAACAAAAGAUGGAAAAUAUGAACGGCGAAGAGAGGAGGAAGUUUUGGGAAGCAAGGCUGAGACGCAGGAUGCAGCAGAAUCUGAAGAACGUAACGCGCAUCGCAAAGUGUAUAUGCCCGCAUCCUCUUCACUUUAGCAUUGUUGUGAAUCACGCGAAUCAUCCGUGGCGGGUUGCCGAGGAGCAGCAGGCAGCAGUGGCUCAAGUGAGUGCAAACGCAGCGAAAGGGAAGGGAAAUGGCAAGAGUGCCCCCAAGAAGGAGAAGGCACCGGUGCAGAAGAAGGCAGACAUCAUCAGAGCAAAGAAUUUGGCGGCAAAAGAACAGAAAACUAAAGACGUUGACUUGGAACGGGCAGAAAAUCUCGAGAACUUGCUGGAAGCACUGUGUGCCGAGAAAAGCGGAUCUACCACCAAGACGAAGAACGGGCUAAUCUCGAGCUUUGUGUUCAAAAACAAAGUCUACUUCUUGACACCUGCAGCGCUGCGGGAAGUUCUUUUGGAGGCGCUGAUCGGCGCAGGGCGCCGCAUGGAUUUGUUAUUGGGGUUGCCUGCAGUUACCCGCUAUUUAAAAACGCGGCAGAGACAAAAAGAAUUCGCAAUGACAGUUCAUGAGCUCCUUAACACGGCUUUCAAAGAGCUGCCGAGGGAGAAGUGCUCCAGCAAGGAGUGUUUUUUGGAGGUUCGUCGGCUGCUCUGUCUGUUGUUUCGCCUGAACAUCGAAACGGCGCGGAUGUUUGCCGCCGAGUUAACCGGCAACGAUAUUGAGCAGAUUCAGCGCAGUCUGUUUGCACUGGGCUUUAAAAAGUCUGCUAGCAUUGUCUUCGACACGUGGAAGAAGACGCAACAGCAGCUCAGACUGCAGCAGCAGGCGGAGGGGCUUCCUCGUGCCAAGACGAACAGCAAGAAGGCAGCGAAAGAUCAUGGCAUCGCCGAUGACGAGCACCAUCGUGUGAACUCCACGGAGCUGUAUGAUUUUCGCAUUCGAGAAGGCCAAGAGGCAGAAGUGCAGCUGCGCUUCAUGGGGGGAGACUUCGAAAGGAGCACUAGGCCUCCUUCGCUGCCUCCUGAUCCACGUGUCUUAUUUAUUCCAGAUUACUGGCAGUCGAGGCUUUUCGAUGCAGUCGACUCAUACGCUUCCGCCUUUGUAUCGGCCCCUACGGCAAGCGGUAAAACGUAUGUCUGUUUCUAUGCGAUGGAAUUGGUGCUUCGAGAUUCUAACGAAGGCUGUGUCGUGUACGUCUGCCCGAACAAGGCUCUUGCACAGCAGGGAUGGGCAAACAUGGGAACAUGCCUGUAUCGCGCCGAUCUCGCAGAAUGCCGUUUCCAGCACCGUCCAGUCGGUGUGGAUGGAGAAAAAUACACGCCUGUGCGUGUCUAUGCCGGCAGUCGGGGGAGUUUGAGUAGUUCUGAACAUGCGAAUGCGUUGUGCUUCGGUGUUUGUCACAGUUCCGCACUUCUUGGAGCUGCUGCUGCUCUCGGGGCAUCCCCACCAUCGCGAGUUUUGCAGCAACAUCAAAUAUGUCGUGCUGGAUGA